AUGCGCUACUUUGGUCCGCCAUCGGGUAUAUCCCUGGUGUCCACCGCUACUCCACGCAAAUCAGGACAGCAUACACCAGAAUCCUGGUCCAAAUGGACACACCCGUCUAUCGAGCCUCUAUUCACAAAGCGGGUCAUGAGGCCUCUUCCCUCUUGGACUGAGGCAUUCUCUCUUGUCAGCGAAUUCUUCACUCAUGAACACCCAGUCUUCCCGUGCUUCAAUGCACCAGCAUUUAUGUGUCUCCUAGGCCAACAGUACUCGGGCACAUGCACUGAGAGUCCAGCGUGGUGGGUCUCGCUCAACUCUGUUCUUGCACUCGCACAGCGUCGUCGGGCGGAGGCAGCUCAAUCGGUAGAAGCAGAGGAUCUAGCCUGGGCCUAUGCAUCAAAUGCACUUGCCGGGACAUGGGAUGUUCUUAUGCGUAGUACACAAUUGUCUUCUGUCCAAGCUCUGCUAGCCAUUGCCUGGUUCUUUAUCGGAACACCAAACCCACAGCCCAGCUUCAUGCUCGUUGGUUGCGCUGUGCGUCUUGCACACUCAAUAGGCAUACAUGUCGAGAGCCAGGACCCGUCUGUAAGUCCAGCAGAAGGAAGUAUGAGAAAGAAGGUCUUUUGGAUCGCAAUUUGUCUAGACCGGGAACUGUGCCUGCGAACUGGAAGGCCCCCUUGUCACGAUCUCAAUGCUGCCUACAUUGACCCACCAAUGAGCUCCUUGGAUGAAACGGAAAUCAUCAAGACUGUUGAGGGGCAUGAACUAAACCUCUUCAAAGGUCAGAUACAACUUGCUGUGAUUCAGAGCGCGAUUUACCAAGGUCUACAUUCAGGCAAAGGUCCAACGAAUGGCAUAGUGGACUCAGUGGCAGACUUGCUACAGAAGCUGGAGAAUUGGCGUACUGAGUUUGCAUCGUCUCUCACUCAUGAUUCUGCUGGGAAGUGCGAGCAUCAUGGGUUGAUGCGGUUGUACUUUUCCUACUACAAUGCCGUCAUCGUUGUGAGCCGCGCGCACAGCUUGACUUAUUGGGUAUCGCCGAAUCACCCGGAAUUAUCAGUCCUCCCUGCGAAAAUGAGAGACUCCAUAGGAAAUUGCCUCAACGCGUCCCGAUGCAUCAUUCAGCUAAGCAAGCUUAUACCAGUCACAUGGAAGAGCUUCCACUGGGACAUUAUUCCAAUACCUAUGAGCGCUGUUGUUAUUCUCUGCAUCAUGGCAAUUCGGAACCCCGUGAACGAGGCUGCGGCGAAUGACAUGCGCUUAGUCGGUGACGUCAUGCAGAUCUUCAAAAUACUAGACGAGGCAUAUGGCGGCAAUACAUACCUCACCCAAGUCCAAAAGGUCUGCCAAGAACUAUACAGAAAGGCUCACUACGCCGUACAAUCUUUAAAUGCACAACUGGUUGGUUCUACUGAUGUAGAAUCUCCUGCUCUUCAACCUACCUCGAAUGCCAACCAGCAAGAAAGUCAUCAAACACACCAUACUGACAACAUGUUUGAGUUCAAUCUGGAUGCUUUCGAGCAGACAAUGCCUUAUCCAGUUCCGAUGCUUUGGGACUUGGAUACAUCACUAUGGACAUCAAUUAUAUAG